AUGGCCCCAGAUACUGAUGAUGACUUAUUCCUCAUGAUCGAUGGUUAUGACGUCCAACUACAGCUCGGACCCGAAGUAUUGAUACAGCGCUACUUCAAAGUAGUAGCAGCCGAAGACGAGCGCAUCAUUCAGCAGCUCGGGCCUGCCCUAGCCGAGGAGGUUGCCGGGCCUUUAGGGCGACACGUUGUUUUCGGCGCCGAUAAGGGGCUUCAGGAACUUGGCCGCAUCAACGCACAGUUGGAAGAGGACUCAGGAGCGAAGCAUCCGAGUCAUGUUAACGAUGCCUUAUGGCCCAAGUUUGGGCCCAAGUCCAAUCAUCACAUCGCUAUCGACUACUGGAGCAAUCUCUUCCAGACAUGGGCCGGCUACACUGAAUACGUUGACUGGCGCACGUUUGAUAGACCUGGUCACGCCUUUACCGUGGACCAGAAUGUUCGGGCCGAGGCCACAUUCAGACCAUGGGACCUUCACCUUGCCGGAGACGCCAUGCGUGCAGUUCACCGCAUAUUUGCCGCUGCAAAACGUUCUACCCUCAUGGGAAAGACGUCAGAUGAGCUCAUUCUCGAGUCGCAAUUUGGCUCUAACAUCAUUACGAAGACGACAAUGCCAAUUUAUCACUGCACAGGGGCCAAGGAUGCGCUGGAGGCAUUUUGGCCGCGAUGUGGUUCUUCCCAUACAUCAGAAGUCUUAUGA